GGCACAACAAUUACCAAACUCCCCCGCACAAACCACCCCUCAGCUGGUUUACAACCAUCUCUUUCAUCCGGUUGAGCAGACAACCGGUAACAUGGCAUUUCGAAGUGUGAGAAAGCGCGACGAUGACAUUUCUCAAUACCACAAACCUAAUUACGGAUCUGGAUACCCCGAACAUCCCUCAAUCAAAAAGACAAAGUUGGAUACGUGGUCAUUGGAUUAUUUAUUGCGCAAUCCAGAAUCAACAAUGGCCGACGUUGAUCUAAAGACUAUCAUAUGUCCUGCUUCGUUUCAAAUACUACCUCCUCAAGACAGGUCAGACCUUUUAGACUAUCUACCUUAUUUCGUCAAAGUGUUUGUGCGUCGAGCCGUCAGUCCAUCGGAUGCUAUCAUCUCAAGAACCGAAACUACCAUACGACCAAAGUCGGACCAAGAAACCCUUCAACUUCGAUUAGAUCCCAAUUGGGAAGAAAUGCCGGACAAGUCAUUGUGGAAUGAUGGAGCGUUCCUGGAAGCGAUGGUUCAAUGGCAGGAACUACUCAAACGUGGUCAAUUUUUGCAUACUUCAAAUGAUCUCGACCUCACAAACGAUGAGGACAAGAAUCUCGCUUUCGAUGCCUACUGGGGAGACUUAGGUGAACGUGAAAAGAUGCAUAAUGUGGCUGGAGAUUCAAAAAACAUUACUCUCAAGGAUAUGUGUCGUUUAGAGCUUAUCAAAGUUAAUGAUGUAUUGAUAUACAAACGAAAUUUCAGUGCAAGCAAAGUGAUUGUGGAUCUCAGUAUGCAGGUUGUAAAAGCAAGUGGGUCAUCGGGGCUCUCGAUACAACUAGGUGGACAAGUUUAUGAAGAUUUUGAAACGCCAACCGCUCUGGAAACAAAAAUACUGGAUUACCAUGGACGUGUCACUAAAGAAAAACGUCCCAAUGGAAAUGCCUUCAAAAGCAUAAGGCUUGUGAGAAACAAUAAGGACAUGGGUAGAUUGUUUGAUAUUCGCAAAGGCUUGUUAUGAUGGACGCCAGCCUGCCCUUAUGACUCUCGCAUCUUCUGCGACAUUUUUUCCAUUAGCCUCAUUUCCCACCUUUUUUUUUUUAUCUUUUCUUUCAAAAAAGAGAUUGCUCCAACGAUGGAAACUGUGUUUCAGCAAUGCAAAACAAACAAAUGAUAAACUUUC